UCGUAAUGUUGACCAGUCGCUUAGCAACCGGGAGGCUUACACCUUUGGAAGCUUUUAGCGACUCUAGCCUCGGAUCCCGGCCCUCUUCCCGCCCCUCCCCUCCCCUAAACUCCCUCCACCUUGGUGCUGCCAAACAUCUGGAUCACCCUGGGCAGCACGAGGGGUUGAAUUUCUACCACUAACGCGCCUUUUUAGAGUGUUUUCCCGACCCCCUGCUCACUUCUGUAAAAGCCACUGGUUUUUCUUCCACACCUCUGAUAAGAACAAGACGUUUUCUAGGAAGAUGGUGGCAGAAAAAGAGACCCUGACCUUAAACAAAUGCCCAGACAAGAUGCCGAAGAGGACUAAACUGCUGCCACAACAGACGCUCCAGGUGCACCAGCCUCAUUCCCUGGUUUCUGAGGGCUUCACAGUCAAAGCCAUGAUGAAAAACUCAGUCGUGCGGGGUCCUCCAGCUGCAGGGGCAUUUAAAGAAAGGCCGACCAAACCCACCGCUUUCCGAAAAUUUUAUGAGCGAGGAGACUUUCCAAUCGCCCUUGAGCAUGACUCGAAAGGAAACAAAAUUGCCUGGAAGGUUGAGAUUGAGAAGUUGGACUACCAUCAUUACCUGCCUCUGUUUUUUGAUGGGCUCUGUGAAAUGACGUUUCCCUAUGAGUUUUUUGCUCGGCAAGGAAUCCACGACAUGCUGGAACACGGAGGGAACAAGAUUCUACCUGUCAUUCCUCAGCUCAUUAUCCCAAUAAAAAAUGCCUUGAACCUCCGAAACAGACAGGUCAUCUGUGUGACGCUCAAGGUUCUCCAGCACCUGGUUGUGUCCGCGGAGAUGGUGGGCGAAGCUUUGGUGCCCUACUACCGUCAGAUCCUGCCGAUCCUGAACAUCUUUAAGAACAUGAAUGUGAACUCCGGGGAUGGCAUCGACUACAGCCAGCAGAAGAGGGAGAACAUUGGCGACCUGAUCCAGGAGACCCUGGAAGCCUUCGAGCGCUACGGAGGGGAGGAUGCCUUCAUCAACAUCAAAUACAUGGUGCCUACCUAUGAGUCGUGCUUGCUGAACUGACCGGGCAGCUGCCGGAGGGAGCCUCCCUUGGUAUCAGAGCCGUCUGUCCCUAAAGUCCUAGCAUCUCAUUACUUGUGACUUCUACAGCUCUCUUUCUACAGCUGCAAACAUAGUAGCUUCUGGGCCAAAAGACUGUUACUGUUAGCCCUAUUGAAAGCAAGGCUUUCCGAUACAUAAAUAGUGCCUGUUUCUUAGAUUACAAUAGUGUACUGUGCUUUUCUUCUUCUCCCCACAAGGAGAAUUGCGUCUUUAUCUGGCUCAGAUGGAGGCAGGAGUCUGAGUUAAACCUUCAGUUGUAUAGACAAUAAAACCAUAAUUCUCAU